AUGUGGAAAAUGGAGGAAGGGUUAUUGAUUGAUACAUCCCGUGCACUUGGUGGUACCAUCCGGGCGAUUGCAGCUGACUCUAGGCUUUUAGUGAGUGGAGGAACUAAUGCCUAUAUCCAGUGUUGGAGGGCUGUUGAAGGCAAUGAUCACUUAUUUCACAUCUCUGGAAGUGGUACUGACCAGAAUGCGGAGUUUCGCCUCUGGGGGCAUGAAGACUGGGUGUGGUCUCUUGCUCUGCGUGGAAAUACUGUUGCCAGUACUGCUGGUAGAGAUGCAUAUGUAUGGGAUAUCAGGGACGGCGAGUUAACAAGCUUAGUUUCCAAUGCCCAUGUUGGUAACGCAUAUUCAUUGGCUUGGACACACCUGGCGGAUGUGCUGUUUACUGGUGGAGAGGAUGGCGCUAUUCGCUUGUUCAAUGUUUCUGAUGUCUCUGAUGAUGAGGAGGACAUUAAACCAGUGGCAACUUGGGUGCCACAUUCAGGUCCUGUUCAUUCUCUUGCUUUUGAGUAUCCAUGGCUUGUGUCUGCCUCGAGUGAUGGCAGGAUCGCACUUAUUGAUCUGAGGAAGCUUCUGACCCCCAAAAGAUCAUCAAAGGAUAGGAUUGUAUGUGCGGGUGAGGAUGGUUCUGUUAGAGUCUGGAACUUCUCUGAAGCACUGGAGAUUGAGAGGAGGGCACAGGCUCUUAGGAGUUUGAGGCAGGAGAACCGCAUGAGGCGGAGGAAGGCACAAGUAGAGAUGAAUGCAAAUGGUAGAAGGCCUGAUCAGUGCUCGAUAGCCAUGAAAAAGAACCAACUGAAGGGUGAUAAGAGUACCACUUGGCACAACAAGCGUACCAUAAAUGAGAAGGUCAAGUCUUAG